CCCCUCCCCUUUCUUGCAGCAUUUUAAAGGGGCCUACCUGCUUGCAUGACUGCUGGCUAGACUGGCUAGACACAACAGCCACUCCUCUUGCAAGCAAACAAACAACUGGCUUUGUAAAGUGAAGGACUGGACAUAACUCAAGAGAUGGCUUAUUACCAUGGAUUAAUCUCAAGCAGGAGAGCAAAUUCAUUGCUCACUUCAAAGCCUGAUGGCACUUUCUUGAUCAGAGACAGCCAGAGUCAGCCUGGAAGCUUUGUCCUCUCAGCCAAAAAUGGUCCAAGAAUGCACCAUGUGCUUGUCUUCCAGAAAGAGGGCAAGUUUCAUCUCGACAGCGCUGGGGAGCAAAGUGAAGAUCCCAUCAUUUUCGAGACAAUGGAUGAAAUGGUGUCCUUUCUCAUUGGUCAUGACCUGAAGGUCAAUGGGGAAGAGAUACAUCUGCAAGAGAUGCUACCUUGUAUUGAUGAGCUGAAGUACAGGGUCCGACUAUCAAGCAAUGCUGCAACAAGAGGUGCAGAGACCGAGGACAGUGACCAGUUGACAAAUCUUUUUGCUACGUUGUUCGGAACCCACUGUGUGGUUAUAUGUACAGCACACAGCAAGCUGAGCUUUGAUGGGAAACCACUGGCCAAAGAUGGAAAGGAAUAUAUGGCUGUUAUUGCAAAAGAUGGGAAGCAAAAAGGUUUCUUCUUAAGACUUGUCGACAAAGAAGAGAAAUGUGUAAUUGGCGAGAAAAAAGUUGGGAAAGUGUUUCAGUACGACUUGCCAGGAGACUUAGUCAUGACAUACUUAUCUGAGCAUGGGAUAACGUGUAUUGGUUUCCGUGACACUCGUGAAAAGGACCGGUUUCUGCACCAGAUUGACAGAAUUGUCAAGCUGCAUCAAGAUCGUGCCGUCAAACUGAGAGGGAGAUCAGAGUCCGACGCUAGACCACCACCCUCAAACCCAACCGAAGUGGUGCACAAAAUGAAAGCCACAGAUUUUGAUAUCUAUGACAUCAGUCCUGAGUGGCAGUACUUGUUCGACCAGGCAGGCAUUACCCAGGAGAUGCUAGAGAACACAAAGACACUACAGUUCAUCUUGGACACAGUGUAUAAAAUUGGAGGAGAACCAGAGAAAAUUGACAGUGUACUAGAAGCAAAUGGCCACUCUAACGGGGACAGUGGAGACCAAACAAAGGAGAGAAUAGAAGCUCUAACACUAGAUGCCAAUCUUAAACGAGAAUCAAUGCGAGCAUCGUUACUAUCAGAAGAGCUCAUGAAAAGCUCUCUUACAAAGUACCUCCACAAAUCAACCUCACAUGUGUGCUCGUAUCUUAUUCUGUGUGAGAGGUUCAAGGAUCAUCUGGUUGUAAAGCACUCGCUGAUUUCACUGAGCCCAGAAAAUGCUGUAUGUUUCUGUGAGAAGUGUGCCGCUGGGAAGCCAAUGGUUCAGAUUGCUGGCAAUCCUCCUCAGCAAUACUCCCUUCCGCUGGGUUGGUGUCAAUUCAUUCACCAAUCUCAAACUCACAAGUUCUCUCAGCGCUUUGCCUCCCAUUGGCAUGUGGGUUACUGCUGCGUUCCAGCGUCCAGAGUUGGCGGAGUCUUUAGGACGGGGCAGUUGCUCCAUGCCCACUCGACGGGCAAGGUUCUCCUCAGUCCAGACGUCAACUGUGCCUGCAGGGUUUCUUCCAUUGCACCAGAAACGUAUCACGACCAAGCUAUGGACCAACAUUUCAAGGUGCACACAGUGUUUCAAGUGUUCAUUCAGCCGGGGACCUACAAUGUGCAGGUGGCUACAGAGCCAAGCUCCUCCACCCUCAGCACACAGCUAGAGUGGCACGUCUCAGAGAGAACUUACAUCAUCCACUCACUACUCGUCUUAUUGGUGCCCUCAGCUAAUUAGGGAUAAUUACUGACUGACAGCAAACCAAACUAUAAUUAUAGUAAACAACACGAUAUAGCUAUACUCACUUUAUAUGGAACUUUAAUUAUUAUUGCACGACAAUAUUAAAUUGUACAGUCAUGCAAUUUUACGUCAAUGUAAUUAUGUCCCUAAUCAGAUGUUGUCGAAGUUA